GUCCCAGGGGCGCCAUCCGCUGGGGGUCUCCAGAGGCAGGACCCCCGGGGGCGGGGAAAUUGAGGCGAAGAGUCACUCUGCAGUCCCUCUCCCCAGGCUGCGGGCUGGGGCGCCCCCAGGGACGCUGGCAGGGCGCUCCCACGCCCGGUCGAGGCAGGACGUUCCCACGAGGGGGCGGCCCUGGAAAAGGCUGUGGGGCGGGCCGGCGGGCGCCAGCGCUCUGGUCCCUCUGCAGCAGCUCAUUCUCUGUUACUCGCUUGGCAGACCCGGGUCGUGCUCCCGCUGCCGCGAGCUGCAAGAUGUUCUUCAGAGCUGCCUGGAGCUUGGCACUGAGGAAAGGAAGACUUGGAAUGCGAGGGAUCCACAGCCCAGGAGACACCGCCCACAGCAAGGGGAAGAUGCCCCCCUACACCAACUACCACGCCCAGCGCUCCUACCCCAUGCCAGACGAACCCUUCUGCACAGAGCUCAACGCGGAGCAGCGGGCCCUGAAGGAGAAGGAGAAGGGCAGCUGGACCCAACUGAGCCACGCCGAGAAGGUGGCCUUGUACCGUCUCCAGUUCCAUGAGACCUUCGCGGAGAUGAACCGUCGCUCCAACGAGUGGAAGACAGUGAUGGGCGGUGUCUUCUUCUUCUUUGGAUUCACAGCUCUGCUGAUUUGGUGGCAGCGGGUCUAUGCAUAUUGUUUCAGCUGCUGUAACAAAGAGUCCCCAACAUACAAGAGCUUAAAGAAGUGUUCCCUAAGAAGCCCAUCACCCUGACGGAUGAGUGGAAGGCCCGGCAGCUCCAGCGCAUCCUGGACAUGAGGGGCAACCCUGU